AUGGUUGUACCAGAGUCUUCUAUUAAUAAUAUUAUGGGGGGAUUGGAGAGUACAGGGGGUGUGACUCUCCAUAAUCAUAGAAGAAAACUUAAGCAAAGGUUCGAAACAAUUGCUAAACUAGGCCAAGGUACCUAUGGCAAAGUUCAACUGGGUAUUAAUAAAGAGACUGGGCAAGAGGUUGCUAUAAAAACUAUCAAAAAGUGUAAAAUUGAGACUGAAGCAGAUUUAAUUAGAAUAAGAAGAGAAAUUCAAAUUAUGUCCUCAUUACGACAUCCUUAUAUAAUUCAUAUUUAUGAAGUAUUUGAGAAUCGUGACAAAAUGGUGCUAGUAAUGGAAUAUGCUGCUGGUGGAGAAUUAUAUGAUUAUUUGAGCAAAAGAAAAGUCUUAGAAGAAAGUGAAGCAAGAAGAAUUUUCAGACAGAUAGCAAUGGCUGUGUAUUACUGUCACAAACAUCAGAUUUGUCACAGAGAUUUAAAACUUGAAAAUAUUUUAUUAGAUGAACAAGGAAAUGCAAAGAUUGCAGAUUUUGGCCUGUCAAAUGUAUUUGAUAAAAAUCGUCUGCUUAGUACCUUUUGUGGAAGUCCCUUGUAUGCAUCACCAGAAAUAGUGAAAGGAAUCCCAUAUUCUGGCCCUGAAGUAGACUGCUGGUCACUUGGAGUUUUACUCUAUACAUUAGUUUAUGGUGCAAUGCCAUUUGAUGGUUCAAAUUUUAAAAGACUGGUCAGGCAGAUUUCUGCUGGCGAAUAUUUUGAGCCUAAAAACCCUUCAGGAGCUUCUGAAUUAAUAGCGGGCCUGCUCACUGUGAAAGGAACUGACCGGCUUGAUAUUAGUGGUGUUUGUCAGCAUCCGUGGAUGAAUGAAGAAGGAAAGGUUUCCUGUUACCGAUUAGCCGUUGAACUUGCUGAACAGGAACCUAAUCGGCUGGACCUUCUUUUAGCUCUUGCGCCGCAGGAGAAUCAAAUCCCUAGUGUGCCUGAAGAAAUACCUCAGCAAGCUGAAAGACCCACAAGAUCAAUGUCCUUAAGUAGUUUGGCCACUGUCCAAUCAACAUUUACCCCAGCUCCCUUAGCUACUAAAGUUGAAGAAACUGAAAAUGAAAAAUCCCCUGAUAAGGAAAAAAAGAGAGAAAGGAGUAAUUCUAGAUCGAGGAAAAAAGAUAGUGAUGAUGAAAAACCUAGAAGGAAGUCGUUAAAAAAGAAAAAGUCUGAUGUAGGAGAAAUGGACCGGGAAGAAAUGUUAAAAGUAUUAGAAGAAGCUAAAAAGAUAGGAGAAUCUAGCAGUGUUCAAACAGACGUCAAAGAAGAACCGAAAGUAGAAGUAGAUAAGGACAAAUCUAUUCCAGUAAAAACAGAUGAAAUAAAGGAAAAACCUAAAGAACCAAAAAAAGUUAAGAAACUUAAGCCAGAGAAAUCUCAAGAAUUGCAACCUAGUAAAGAUGAAGAAAAGGAUAAAGUUCCUGUUUUGCCAAAAACUAGACCUAAACUUCAGAAGGAAGAAGAAAUUGACAUACCUGAACAAAAAGGUGAUAAAGUUGUAGAAACUACUGAAACUAGUGUAGAUAAAACAGUAGAAGCAAUUGAAAAAGAGAAAGAAGUUAUUCCAGAGGAGUUAAAAGUAAAAGAAAAUGAAGUUAAAGAAUUAGAACAGACUAAAGAAAAAGAACCGUCCACUCCUGUCAGAGUGGAUUCUGUCAGAAGAAAAUCUAAAGUAUUUGAAACAGCAGAAAUGUUUUCAAAAUCGGCUACUCAGGAUAAAAUUCCACAAAAGAAAGUUAUUACAGGAGUUAAGGUAUCAGAUGCUAAAGCAGCUUUUGAAAGAAGGAGCUCACUAGUUCAAGAGAACGUGAAACCUGACUUUAGUUUAGCUUCAACUGUAAACGUUAAUAAACUAGUUGAGAAUGAGCUUGGAAAAGAUGAAGAUAAAAUGAAAAAAGAGAAAGAAAAUGCUGUAAAGGUUAUAACACAUGCUAUUUCAGAAAGUGAAAUGAACAAAGCUUCUACUCUACCCCGAAGAAAGUUAUCAAAACCAUUUAUUCCUAGGGCUGAACCUGGCAUAACAAGCAGCACAAGCUCUACUCAAAGUAUAUACACCGCGCCUGUACCUCCACCUAGGCCAUCUCUUGUUAAACAAGACAGUGGUCCAAAAGAACAUAUCAUUCCAAUACAAAUUGAGAAGAGAGAUGAUAAGCCUCAUCCCGUGUCUAAACAGACAUCAGUUUCAUCUAGAGCCAGCUCUUCAAGCUUGGGAAGACAGGAUUCUGACUCUAGCACUACAACUGUCAAUUCUCCUUGUGAACCUAUUAGAAAAUCACCGAGAGAAGUGAUAAUUCCGAUUGCUGUAGAAGGUGGUGGAUAUGUUACGCCUAGUGCCUCUACACUAUCUAAGAUGAGUUCUGUAUCUGAAAGUGAAGAAGAAGGGACCGGACCGAUGAGAGGAUUUGGUCUCCAUAGUACCAGGAGAAGGGUUGAAGCAACAGAUUCAUUGUCCUCUGAUGAGGAAGAUGAUAACUUUGAGAUGCUUACCGCUGAAAAUUUAUUUUCCACUCUUCUUUCCAGGGUACGGAAUCUCACUCACAGGUUGAAUGUUGAUGAAGGAAGGCCAACUUUUCCUAGACUGUUUAACCAUUCUAUUUUUGAUGCUCCUGCGAGAAGAUUGACCGAAACUAAAUCUUUUUCUGAACAUGAUCCUACUCCUUGGAGAAGGAAACGAGAAAGUGCUUCUUCAUCUACGCUGCCGAGAGCUCGUGUUACAGUGCAUGUGCCCGUCGUUGUUGAGAAAACACAAAACGACUAA